GGGGGGCGGGCCGGGGGCGGUGCUGAGCCGAGCUGAGCCGAGCCGAGCCAUGGCGGCGGCCGCCUACGAGCUGCUGGUGCUGGGAGGUGGCUCGGGCGGGCUGGCCGGGGCUCGCCGGGCCGCAGAGCUGGGUGCCCGCGUCGCCCUGGUGGAGCCGCACCGCUUGGGGGGCACCUGCGUCAACGUUGGAUGUGUGCCAAAAAAGGUGAUGUGGAACGCCGCCGUGCACGCCGAGUUCAUCCACGACCACCCUGAUUACGGCUUCGAGACGUCCGGCGUUAGGUUUAACUGGAGAACCAUUAAAGAGAAGCGUGAUGCUUACGUGAGACGCCUGAACGAGAUCUAUGAAAAUAACUUAAACAAGGCUCACAUUGACAUCAUCCACGGCUACGGCAAGUUCACUGCUGAUCCGGAGCCCACCAUUGAAGUCAACGGUAAAAAGUACACAGCUCCUCACAUCCUCAUCGCCACGGGCGGGUUCCCGUCGGUCCCCCCGGACAGCGAGGUUCCAGGAGCCAGCCUGGGCAUAACCAGCGAUGGGUUCUUCGAGCUGGAGGAGCUGCCCAGGCGCAGCGUGAUCGUUGGCGCAGGGUACAUCGCGGUGGAAAUUGCGGGGAUCCUUUCCACGCUGGGAUCCAAGUCCUCCUUGCUGAUCCGUCGGGACAAGGUCCUAAGGACGUUUGACUCGCUGAUCAGCACAAACUGCACGCAGGAGCUGGAGAACACCGGGGUCGAUGUCUGGAAGCACUCACGGGUCCAGGCUGUCACCAAGUCCCCCAGUGGCUUGCUGGAGGUGACAGUGACGUCCUCAGCACCUGGCCACAAGCCAACAAUGGAGGUGAUCCGGGAUGUGGACUGCCUUCUGUGGGCCGUCGGGCGGGACCCAAACUCAAAGGACCUGUGCCUAGACCGUGUGGGCGUGGAAGUGGAUGCUCGGGGCCAUGUGGUAGUGGACAAGUUCCAGAACACCUCCAGGAAGGGGGUCUAUGCUGUUGGAGACGUCUGCGGCAGAGCCCUCCUCACCCCAGUGGCCAUUGCGGCUGGGAGGAAGCUGGCGCUCCGGCUCUUCGGGGGCCAGCGGGAUGCCCAUCUGGACUACAGCAACAUCCCCACUGUUGUCUUCAGCCACCCACCCAUCGGGACUGUGGGCCUCACUGAAGAUGAAGCCAUCUCUGCACAUGGGAAGGACAAUGUGAAGAUCUACACCACGUCCUUCACCCCCUUGUACCACGCAGUCACCCAGAGGAAGGUGAAGUGUGUGAUGAAGCUGGUGUGUGCCGGCAAGGAGGAGAAGGUGGUGGGGCUGCACAUGCAAGGCCUGGGCUGCGAUGAAAUGCUGCAGGGCUUUGCUGUGGCCAUCAAAAUGGGAGCCACCAAGGCCGACUUUGACAACACGGUCGCCAUUCACCCUACUUCAGCAGAGGAGCUGGUGACGAUGCGCUGAAACAUGGGACUGACUGGUGGCAGCUGAAGCAAAGGAGCCAGCUGCCACCUCUUGGCACUACCUCCUCUGUGCAAGCCAAUCACAUGAGCAAAUGUCAUCUCCUUCUCUCAGAGAAAUUUUCCUGGGUAGUAGGGAUUUUUUUUAUAUCUUAAAAAUUGCCUAAAUAUCAGCUAGGUGCUCAGAGAGCAAUGCAGUGUGGCAUGAUUUGAAGUGGAAAAUAAAUGUAGUGAUGCUGGAAA